ACUAACGAAAGUGUGGUUUUAGUAUUAGUGGUCAGUAUCUAAUUACUCCUCAUUUGAUCGGUACGUCUGCAACAUGGCUGCAUUUAGGAGCCUUUUACUGCUUUCUUUAGUCUACUCUGUAAUUGGAAAUGAAGCCAAUUUUUUCGACCCCUGUUACAAAGAUGACAUCAAUUGUUUGAGUGCAGCAACAGAAGCCUUCUUAGAGAAGACACACAAUGGAGUUGAUGGUUCCCAAAUUAAAGCUAUUGACCCCUUCAUUAUUCCUGAAUUGGAAGUCCUCGUGGACGAAGAGAUGGGUCUGCUGUUCAAGUUUACCAAUCUUAGUGUAACUGGUUUAAAAAAAUUGCAGAUCUUGGAUUACAAAAUGGACACGGACAAGAAAUCAGUGGUAUUAAAAACGAAAGCUGAUUUGAACAUCAUCGCUGACCUGAACAUCAAAUUUACUAAGAAGAACAACAAAAGUUUCGAUGGCCUCUAUAAAGCUACUACAACCGCUUCAGGAACCUCCAAUUACGGCUACAGCCUGGUGAAAAAAGGAGAUAACGAAAUAUAUUUUGAAGUGGGACCCGAAACAAACACAUGCGAAAUUAUUGAGGAACCCACGGUGACCGUUGGAGAUGAAUUACAGGCAGCUUUACUCAACGAUAAUGAUGCAAGGCAGCUAAAAUCACCCUACGAAGAAAACAAAGUCAACCUCAGAAAGAAAACUUUAUGCAAGAUCGUAGAUUCCGCCUAUGUUGUCGUCAUAAAUAACUUAAGGACCUUAGCAACAACCUUACCAGCCAAACGCUUCUUCCUCGGUCUUUAUUAAAACUGUUAUGAGUAAAUUCUACGUUUUG